CGGAUGUUCCGCCCUCUGGCUGUUCCUCGCUGGGGUGGGGCGGUGUCAGCGAUGGCGGCUGUGACAGACCUGCAGCGUCUACAGGCCGGUGUGGAGGAGCUGGAGCGCUGGGUGUAUGGACCCGGUGGGGCGCGCAGCUCGCAGAAGGUGGCUGAUGGCCUGGUCAAGGUACAGGUGGCUUUGGGGAACAUCGCCAGCAAGAGGGAGAGGGUAAAGAUUCUGUACAAAAAGAUUGAAGACUUGAUCAAAUACUUGGAUCCUGAAUAUAUGGACCGCAUUGCAGUUCCUGAUGCCUCCAAGCUGCAGUUCAUCUUAGCAGAGGAACAGUUUAUCCUCUCCCAGGUUGCGCUCCUCGAACAGGUGGAGGCCUUGGUGCCCAUGCUGGACAGCUCUCAUAUCAAAGCCGUUCCUGAGCAUGCUGCCCGCCUGCAACGCUUGGCCCAGAUCCACAUUCAGCAGCAGGAUCAGUGUGUGGAAAUCACGGAAGAGUCCAAGGCUCUCCUGGAGGAAUACAACAAAAUUACAAUGCUUCUCUCCAAGCAGUUUGUACAGUGGGAUGAGCUACUUUGCCAGCUAGAAGCUGCCAAGCAGGUGAAGCCAGCAGAAGAAUGA